AUGAACUUGAAAGAGAAAAAAGAAACCGAUAAUGAACCUUCGACGUGUGUUGUGCCUGCAGUAUGCGAGUAUUACAUACAUGCGGGAUGCCAGGACUUGGCGAUUCCCAACUGCAUGGAAUGUGCGACAUUCAUCCCAGAAAGAAUCCUGGAGCACAGCACUCACCAGCACCACUGGCGGGAGGGCAACUUGCCUGCAAACAGCAAGUGCGUUGUCUGCAAGAAGGGUUGCUGGAGUGCAGAAUGCUUGGCGGGACUCAGGUGCGAAUGGUGUGGGAGCACGGUCCAUGGCGGGUGUCUGAAAGCGGUGCCCGUAGAGUGCGUGUUCGGCGUGUUGGAGCCGAUUGUGCUUCCCCCUUCAGCCGUGUCCAUCCCGAGGACUGAGGUGCCGAUGGAGGCGGUCUUGGGUGUCACGAAUCGAAGGAAUGUAAAGGCGGAGGAUGCCAUCUCGCGGGCGUGUUCUGCGAGGGCCAUCUGCGACGAUCAGUCGAGUUGCGACUUGCAGGCCAACGAAGAGGAGUCAUCGGGAGGAGUCGGGGUGGGAGGCGUGUGUGGGUCGGGCUUUAGUGGAAAGCAAGGGGGUCCUUCGGGAGCAGGUGGGCAGAGUUUCUUUGUUUUGUCCACGCUUCUGUGUUGGCUAGGUGUGGGGAACAGUAGUAGCAAGCAACAGCAGCAGGGCCUGUCUUCGGAAGACGGGAGGACGACGCUGGAGGACGCUGUGGAGACCAUCAAAGUGUUUGACGGCAACUGGAGUCUCCGGAGAAGAACUUUCCAAUGGGUGAUUGUGAGUCGGUCGGCGACCCUGGACUGUGUUUUGGCAGCAGCUUUAAAAGCGUUCCACAUUCGGAGGGACCCGGCGCAUUUCUACCUGACGGACGCGUACGCUGCGGAGGAAAAGGAGCUGACGGCGGAUGCGUUCUUUUCGGGAACGCCGACGACGACGGGGGGCACGACGACGACAACGACGUCCUCCUCGUCUUCGUCGUCCAAGAAGCAGCAACAGCAGCAACAUCAGGCUGCUGUCCGGCGUCCACCCGCGCUCUUCCUCCGACUGCGUGACGAAGACGAGGGCGAACUUGAGAUUUACCCGUCGCACUUGCACGGCGUCGUGUCACCCCGACUCGUCAAGGUUGGAAAUGAUACCACCGUGGAGAAGAUCAUCAGCACCGCGUUGCCGUUGUUUGGGAUCCCAAACGAGGCGCAAAACAAGUUCCAGCUGACAGAAAUGACUCUGGACAAGGGAGUGCUGGAGAGAGUGAUGGCUCUGGAUGAGCAGCCGUGGGAACUGCUGAAGGCGACCAGUCGAGACUCGUUGCGGCUGAUGGAGCGCACCCGGUUCUACUUGCAGAGGAAGGAAGACCCUCACGGUCCCACGAUCGCCUUGUAUGUCGGCAACCUCCCUUUGAACCUGUCCCAAAGACAAUACGAGCAGAUUCUCAUCGACAUUUUGGGCGUGGACAACAAGUACGCGUCCAUCGGGCCCAUCUACUACGAGUACGGAGCCCUCGUCAUCACCUACACCAACUGCGAAGAGGCCGUGCGGGCCUUCUACACGUGUCGGGACGCGUUCGUGGAGGAGAAGAACCUCAUCGUGCUCCUCCUGCCCAACGUGACGCCGGAGAUGGUGCCCAAGAAGGACAAGCCACUGCUCGUGUUUGUCAACGUCAAGUCCGGUGGGUGCCAAGGACUCGAGCUCAUCUCGAGUUUCCGCAAGCUUCUCAACCCAUAUCAGGUGUACGACUUGACCAACGGUGGGCCACUGCCUGGCCUGUACGUGUUCCGCAAGAUUCCCAACUACCGGAUUCUGGUGUGUGGCGGAGACGGGACGAUCGGCUGGGUCCUGCAGUGUCUGGACAACGUGGGCCAGGACUCUGAGUGCUCGCGUCCGCCGUGUGCCAUCGUCCCGCUCGGCACGGGCAACGACUUGGCCCGCGUGCUGCACUGGGGAGCAGGCUAUACGGGGGCAGAAGACCCCAUGAGUCUGCUCAAGGACGUGAUUGACGCGGAAGAAAUCAGACUGGACCGAUGGACGGUGGUGGUGGGCACCCAGCAACAAGACAACACGCAAAUCUACGUGAUGAACAACUACUGCGGCAUCGGGAUCGACGCGGACCUGUGUCUGGGCUUUCACAAUGCCCGCGAGGAGAACCCCAACAAGUUCAACAGCCGCUGGACCAACAAGGGCGUCUACGUCAAGCUCGGCAUGCAAAAGUUGGUGAGCCGCAAGAUGUGCAAGCUCUGCAAGGACCUGCACAAGCACAUUGUGCUCGAGGUGGACGGCAAGCGAGUCGACCUCCCGCCAAUCGAAGGCAUCAUCAUUUUGAACAUUCUCAGUUGGGGCAGCGGGGCGAAUCCGUGGGGCCCGGAGCGGGACGACCAGUUCAGCAAGCCGAACCACUGGGACGGGAUCUUGGAGAUCGUGGGCGUGACGGGUCCGUUCCACUUGGGCCAGAUCCAGAGUGGGCUGCGGUCCGCCAUCCGGAUCGCCCAAGGCGGCCACAUCCGCAUCCGCGUCAAUUCGGACGUGCCCGUGCAUGUGGACGGCGAGCCGUGGAUCCAGGGUCUGUGCGAGAUCACCGUGUUGCGAUCAGCGCUAAAGGCGACGAUGCUCAAGAAACGCAAGCGACUCAAGCGCCGCAACACCGAGUCGCUCAUGUCGGCGGGCAUGAAGCCAGGGGCCGGAGGUUGCGGGGGACCCGGCGGCUGCAGCGGCACGUCAUCAACGGCGGCGGGGGCGGCAACAACAACGGCGUCAUCGUCGACGACGGGAGCGGCGGCCAACAACAACAACGCCAGCAUGAGCAAUGCGCAAGCCGCCCGACUAGACUCGCCGGGCAGCUCGUCCGAAGAGAGCGGCGUCCAGCAAUAGGAAAGAAACACCCCUUGUCUUUUACUCGACAUUCCCGAACAUGGAAACAAAACAAGUACGUACCUCCCAGCCCCUCCCCUCUCUCGGUUCCGUCGACAGCAACAGAGUGUGUGCCAAAGGAAAGGAGCCAGCGACGAGAUGAUUAUGUCGUGACUGCACAAGGGAAAGAAAAAAGAAUCAGGAGCAGAGCCUCUUGGUCGUAAUGAAGAGGAAGAAGAAGAAAAAAAUAAAAGAAAAAGAAGGGGGCAUAAAAUGAAGAAGGAAUGGAAAGAAGGAAAAAAAAAAGAAAAAGUACAAGUCAAGUCUCCUGACUGACUCGCCUCGCCUCCGAGUAUUUGAAGCCGACAUAUUGUGCCACAAAGGAAAAUGAAAAUGUUACUGAUGAUUCUUGGGGAUCGAAGACGCGGCGGGCAAGCGGGGUGACUGGUCGGGGCAAAGGGGACGGAGAAGAAGAAGAGGAAGAAUGAGACGAGAUCAGAAAAUGUCAGUAUUUGUUUCCCGCGGUUUUUUUUUUUUUUUUUUUUUCGCCAAAUUGUUUCCCGCGCGCCAAAAAGAAAAAAAAAAGACGGACACGAAAGCACAAGCGAGGAUGGAUGGAUGGAUGGAUGGACGAACGGACGUGUGUGUGUGUGUGUGUUUGACUGGCUAAAUGAGUGAGUGAUUGAUUUGAUUUAUUGGUUGGUUGGUUGGUGUGCGAGCUUUGGGUUGGGACAGCCUCUUGUGUGUGUGUGUGUGUGUGUGUGUGUGUGUGUGUUGGUGCUCGGCAGUGCCGAUCCCGCUCUUUGAAACUGCGCAGGCCCCGCUGCUGCUUCAACCUUUCUUUUUUGGUCUGACACGCACAUGCCUUCUUUGUUUUAUGGGUCUGCGAACCUUGGAAGAAUACUGUACUCGUAACUCUCGAGCUGCUGCUUUUAUUUGGGAUCCACUGGAGAGUCGGUCAUCCGCAGGGAAACGAAAACCCGAAAUUGAGAAUAAAUUGGCGUCAAUCGAAUCAAUCAUCGGUGCCGUGUUGAAAAGGGUCUCUCUCCGUAGUUGGGUCCCUGAUGAUGAAGCAGGACUGUUGCCAUUAAUUCGACUCGCUCGUUGAAGCACCGGUGUCGCGUGAAGGGUCUGCGUGUGGCAGGAGGAGCAAGAAAUAAAAACCGUCGCCGUUUCCUUAGUUGGGGCUCAGUCACCUUGUCGGCAAGAACUACCGAGACUACUCUCGAUUCAUUCAUUCAUUCAACCAACCAUCCAUCCAUUGGUUCCAUCUCUGGAUGAGUUUCUAUUCUUUUUCAUUGGUCUUGUGUGUGUUCUCAUCAUUCAAUUUCUUGCCAGCUUUUGCUGCCGAGGUGAUUUUUUAUGACUGGGAAACGAGGGACGGGGAGCUGGGAUCUUGAGCCUGUCGAGUCAAGCAAGCCGAAUGAAAUCAUUUUCUGGGCAGGGUGGGGGAAAGGGGAGAAGGCAGAGCAGUACAAUAUUGUACAUUUUAUUGUAAUGUCCUGUCUCUUCAUCUCUUUCUUUCUUUCCAUCUGUCUGGUCUGGUCUGGUCUGUCUGUGUCCUUGUCUGGUUCACAGCAUCGUGGUGGAGGGUGGUUUUACUCUCGCAGUUAUCUAGAUGUCGCGUCCUGUCUAUGCUACUCCUCCAUAUGAAAAUUGAGACGCGUAUCGUUCCUUGAAGAGGGUCGAGGAAAUGGGGAGGAGGAGGAGGAGGAAGAAGUCAACAAAUCUGUAGUUCGUUGGUUGGUUUCUUUUCCUCGCUGCUUCAUCUAUUUAAUAAUUUUUCCCUUCUUUCUUUUCAAUCGUUUAUUUUGAAAUAUUUUUAGUUGGCUGUCGUCGAUCGUAACCCGUGUGUAAUAGUACUAUCAUCAUCAUUAUUAUUAUUAUUGCUGUUGUUGUUGUUGUUGUUUCGAGCUUCACUCACGAUCUCGUUUUUUUUUUUCACUUUACUUAGACGCGGCUCAGAGGCAGUGUGUCGUUGUAAUUCAAUUUAUUUCCAUCCCCCCGGUUUCGUCGUCUCAAAGUUCUCGUGAAUCAAAAGAAAAGAGAGAAGCGCAUUUGACUGCGGACGGUGCGGUUGCCGGAUCAAAAGCGUGCUGAAGGUGUGAGAGGAGGAGGAGGAUUUGAGUUGCAUUCGUACAAUAGUGUGUGACGCCGUUUUCUUCCGCGUGCUUUGUUGUUGUUGUUGUUGUCUUCGUUUCUUUUGCUUCGGUUUUUUUGUUUUGGUUUUUUCAGUGUGUGGUGCCCUGUUCCCCGGGGUUGAGUUACCACCCGAGUCAAGCAAGAAAGAGUCAGUUCGUCAAGUCAGGCAGACACCAAUUCGUUGUGUUCUUGUUUUGCGUUGGAAGACAUUCCGAAAGCGUCGUGUUCUACCUCGGUUGGUUACGGAAAACAAAGAAAAGGUGUUCAUUUUUUUUUUUCCUCGGUCAUGAUCUAGUCACAAGAAAGCAGCUGGGCGAUACUUACGGAUGGUUGCCAACUAGCCCUUGUUUCAAUCUUCUUUUUUUUUUUUUUUUUACAUAAAGCUUUCCUGCGUUGUUUUGUUUUCAAUUCUUUUCUUUUUUUGAUGUUGAGUUGACGGCAGUUGUGUGCCGGACGAAAAGGUGCGGGCGGUAAUGGGGGGAAAAAACCAGGAGGAGUGUGAGUGUGCAUCAAUUACCGCCGGAUACUUGUUGAACUGGGCUUGUGUGGUUGAACCGCCGUGAAGUAAAACCACCAACUUGGAUAAAA